CUCCACAGAGCUGACACCAUGAACCAGCUGAUCCUUUGCACACUGCUGCUCUUGGCCCUUGUGGAGCUGGCCAGGGCAUGUCCUGCAGGCUGCCAGUGCCAUGACCCCAAGACCAUCCUGUGUGCGGCCAGGCGGGGCCAGACGGUGCCCCGGGGGCUGCCCCCCAGCACCCUCUCCCUCUAUGUCUUUGAGAACGGCAUCACUACGCUCAGUGAGGACAGCUUUGCAGGGCUGCCUGCCCUUCAGCUCCUGGACCUCUCACAAAACAAAAUCACCAGCAUCGAGAGAAACAUCUUCCAACCCCUGACGGAGCUCGUCAACUUGGACCUGUCCUUCAACCAGCUGCAGGAGAUCACCAAUGAGACCUUCCACGGGCUGCGGCUGCUGGAACGGCUCUACCUGCAGAGGAACAGGAUCCAGCACAUCCACGCUGCUGCCUUUGACACGUUGGAGAAUCUGCUGGAGCUAAAGCUGCAGAGCAACCAGCUCAGGGCUGUACCCCCCCUUGACCUGCCCAACCUCCUGCUGCUGGACAUCAGCUGGAACAAGAUCCCCACCAUUGCACCAGGGGCUUUCCAUGCCGUCAGCAUUGAGUCCCUGAAGAUCGCAGGGCUGGGCCUGACGAGCUUAAACGAGGAGCUCUUCCAGGUCCAAAACAACCUCCACGAGCUGGACGUCUCUGACAACCUGCUGGAGCGUGUCCCGGCAGUGCUGCGGCGGCUGGGCAGCCUCACCAGGCUCAGCCUGGCCGGCAACGCCCGCAUCUCCCAGCUGCCGGCUGAGGACUUCCAGAGCCUCCACAACCUCCAGGAGCUGGACAUCAGCAACCUCAACAUCAACACCAUCCCUCGGGAUUUCUCCGGCUUCUUCCCCAGGCUGCGGGCCAUGACGGCUGCCGGCAACCCCUUCAACUGUAUCUGCCAGAUGAGCUGGCUGCCGGAGGGCCCCGGAGUGACGCGCAGGCAGCGCCCGCCAGCCGCAUUCCUGCGCCGAUAA